AUGCUUGCCUCCGUCUCGUUGCUUGUGCUGGCAUCUGCCCUGUACAGCUUCUACUCGACGGUAUCCAACCUCCGGGCAAACAUUGAGCGCGCCAAGCAGUCUGGCCUGCCUUAUUACAUCUCCCCCCUACACCCGCUGUCCCCUGUCGCCCAGCUCACCAAUAAGUUAUGGCUGCGUGCGUUCAAGCUUCUACCCCGAAAAUAUUGGGAGAAACAACUGCCGGUCCUGAAUGCAAACUGGCAUUAUCGUGACAACCACAAGCCAUUUGAGGCUCUCGGCACAUCCUUCAUCAUCGUCUCACCCGGCAGGCUUAUGCUAUACACAGAUGAUGCCCAGGUCAUCCACCAAGUCACUUCUAAGCGCGAGGCGUUUCCCAAAGACACUGCCGCCUAUUCUCUGCUCUCUCAGUACGGACAUAAUGUCCUCACCACCGAAGGUCAACUGUGGCGGAUGCAUCGCAGAAUCACCUCGGCCUCAUUCAACGAGAAGAAUGCGGCUCUGGUGUGGCGAGAGUCUGUCAAGCAGACGUUCGGGCUCAUCAACCAGUGGCUUGGUGCCGACGGCCAGGGAAACAAGACCAUCAAGACGGUCGAGCAGGACACCAUGGCUCUCACCCUCAACAUCAUCAUGUAUGCCGGCUUUGGCGUAAAAAUGUUUUGGCCCGGCGAGAGCUUACCUGCUGGUACCGAUGCUCGACUGGCCAAAUACGCCAGUCUCGAUGCUCCCGAACAACACACGAUGAGCUUCAAGGACUCCCUAGCGUACACCUUGCAUCACAUUCUAUUUCUUCUUCUGACCCCGAAGUGGGCACGACGCGCGUUACCCAUGAAGAACGCAAAGUUUGCCGACGAUGCGGAGAAGAACUAUCUGCAGUUCAUGCAAGAAUUUCUGAAGGAUAAAAUCGAGGAUGUGCGCCGCCACGACAAGGAGGAGGGCAUGGAUAUCAUGGGAUCUCUGGUCAAGACGAGCUACGGCGAGAAGGCUGCGAAUGGGUCCGCCAAGACCAGCGGCAAGACGAUGCAGCUGACCGACCCUGAGAUUAUCGGCAACGCCUUCAUCAUGAUUGUUGCAGGUCACGAGACCACCGCGAACGUCAUGCACUUCACUGUUCUCGAGCUUGCUGCCAACCCAGACGCCCAGCGCAAACUUCAGGCCGACGUGGACCGCCUCCUUGGCAAGAGCGACCCCAGCACGUGGGAUUUUGAAGAGAACGUGAAUCCGCUUUCGGCGUCGAUGGUGGCAGCUGUGGUCAACGAGACUCUACGCCUGCUGCCGCCGGUAGUCGUAGUGCCCAAGAUUGUGUCCCCUGGUCAGGACCAGCCCGUGCACGUCGACGGCAAGACAUACAUGGUUCCCCAAGGCACUCAGGUCAGCGUGACUAUUGUCGCGGUGCACCGUAACCCGCGAUACUGGCCAACCAAGCCAAGCAAGCUCACAGAUGCCGAGACAGACAUUGACGACUUUGUCCCUGAACGGUGGUUUCAGACCGGCACGCUCGGCGACACGGGACCCGGCGAGGUCGAGGGUGCCGACACCGAGGACUUUGGCGGCUUCUCCGGCCCCGACACGAGCGCCCAGCUCUACCGCCCACCACGCGGUGCGUAUCUGCCGUUCUCUGACGGCGCCCGGUCUUGCCUGGGCCGCCGCAUUGCGCAGGCCGAACUGCUCGCGGCCGUGUCUGUCAUCUUUCAGAACUACAGCGUGGAACUCGCGGUGGACGAAUGGGCCAGUGACGAGGAGGUUGCCGCCAUGAGCCGUGAGGAGCGCGCCAAGGUGUACAAGAAGGCGCAGGACAAGGCGAGGGCAACGAUUCUCAAGGCGUCAAGCAUGUUGACGCUCAAGCUUCACGGCAACGACCAUGUGCCCAUCAGACUGGUCAGGAGAGGGGAAGAGCGGUUCGUCAAUUUCGUUGACGCCAGCAUUUAG